UGGCCAAUCAAACUGUCCGGUCUCUUCCUCAAGUUUGUCUAUCUCACUAACGAGUCAUGUCUUUCCUUCGCCUUGCCGCCAGGCCCGCAACUCUCUCUCGUCCAUUCUUGAACGUCUAUUACUCCCAGCGCCAGCUUCCCGCCAGAUGGUAUUCCGCCGGGUCCGGUCUCACCAAGGAGGCUAUUGAGAACCGCGUUUUGAGUGUUUUCAAAGGUUUUGAGAAGGUCAAGGCUGAGCAGCUGGGACCCAGCGCUUCGUUCAAAAAUCUUGGUCUUGACAGCUUGGAUGCCGUUGAGGUGGUCAUGGCAGUGGAAGAGGAAUUCUCGAUAGAAAUACCAGAUGAAGCAGCUGAUGAGAUGGAAACAGUUGAGCAGGUCAUCAAAUACAUUUCUGAGACUCCAGAGGCUCACUGAAAAGGAUAUUUACCUUUGUAAUGCUCCCCAACACAAUGACAACCAGUAUCUGAUUAGUAAACUUUUCCCGAC